AUGGGCAGCUGCGGGUUAGUGGGUCGAUGGGGAACGGUAGCAGUGUUGGUGGCGAUUGCCGGGGUGAUGAUGAGCAAUCUGUAUUAUGGUGGUUGGGACAAAGACGCAGCGCUGCAAUUGUUGAGUGAAUUGUCUGAUCGGCUGGGGAUGUGGGCGAUCCCUGCUUAUGUGGGCCUCCACACUGUCACGCUCGCUCUAUGUCUUCCUUACGCCGUCUUCUUCGAGGCAGGGGCUUCUCUCCUCUUUGGCUUCUUACCUGCGGUGCUAUGUGUCUUCUCAGCCAAGCUCCUCGGAGCCUCCCUCUCCUUCUGGAUUGGCAGAGCAGUAGCUGCACAUUCUACGUGCGCUUUAUUAUGUUUGGAUGGAUUGCAUGCUUUGCUAAAAGCUAGGUUAGAUUUAAAAACCAUGGAUGCUAAUGAAUCUCUGUUGGGGAAGUUUUUGAGGAGAUUAGUAGAGUAG